AUCACCUCACUUCUUUCUGACGUGCUAGGGUUUUUAUUUACAUUUUCUUACCUCCCAAUUCUAAAGCCCCCAAAUCUGAAUCAGGAGGUUAAAGUGACGGCGCCACCACCGUCCGCCUUGAUUUAGCCACCGCUAUUUCCUGGCCCUCUCUCUUUUACAAUACACAUACACAGAAUUAUACACCAAUUUAAUCUUUUUUGUAUCAAUGGCGAUUAAGGUGUCUAAGGCUGAGAAAAAGAUUGCAUACGACCAGAAGCUCUGCCAGCUUCUUGAUGAGUACACGCAGGUUCUGGUUGUGGCGGCCGACAAUGUGGGAUCGAACCAGCUGCAGAACAUCAGGAAGGGUUUGAGGGGUGAUUCUGUAGUGCUUAUGGGUAAGAACACCAUGAUGAAAAGGAGUGUAAGGAUUCACGCUGAGAAGACUGGAAACACGGCCAUUCUUAACCUCAUCCCCCUACUCGUCGGAAAUGUUGGGUUGAUCUUCACCAAGGGUGACUUGAAGGAAGUUAGCGAGGAGGUUGCAAAGUACAAGGUUGGAGCACCUGCUCGUGUUGGUUUGGUGGCACCAGUCGAUGUUGUUGUCCCACCUGGAAAUACUGGCCUUGAUCCAUCGCAGACUUCCUUCUUCCAGGUUCUCAACAUUCCCACCAAGAUUAACAAGGGAACGGUUGAAAUUAUCACCCCUGUUGAGCUUAUCAAGAAGGGUGACAAAGUGGGUUCAUCUGAAGCUGCUCUGCUUGCAAAACUUGGAAUCAGGCCAUUCUCUUAUGGUCUAGUCGUCAUCUCCGUUUAUGACAACGGAUCUGUUUUCAGCCCUGAAGUGCUCGAUCUGACAGAAGAUGAUCUCAUCGAAAAGUUUGCAGUUGGUGUUUCCAUGGUUACUUCCCUGUCCCUCGCCAUCUCAUACCCGACCCUAGCAGCUGCACCACAUAUGUUCAUUAAUGCUUACAAGAACAUUUUGGCCAUUGCUGUUGAAACCGAUUACUCCUUCCCCCUGGCUGAUAAAGUUAAGGAGUAUCUUGCGGAUCCCAGUAGGUUUGCAGUUGCUGCUGCUCCAGUUACAUCUGCUGAUUCUGGUGGUGCUCCGGCUCCAGAUGCUGAGGAGGAGAAAGAAGAACCAGCCGAGGAGUCUGACGAUGACAUGGGUUUCGGUCUUUUUGAUUAAAAUCUGUGAUCACACCUUGAUCGUUAUGUUAUUCAGUACAUCAUAUUACGAUUUAAUAUUUUGCUAGGAUUAUGUUGAUUUUGGAUUUUUCAGUUUGAAUUGGAUUGUUUAUGCAAGAUAAGAACUUGCCCACUGUUUUGAGGAUCUUUUUUACUGAAGAACUAGUUUACUUCACA